AGGAGCCCGCGGGGCACUUUUGACCCAUCACAUCAACCCUGAUGGCGCGUCGUCGGAAUUCAGGUCCUAAUUCCAUGUUCAACGGCGUCGCACACAGCCGUGAUGCAGGCAGCAACAAGUCCACCCUGAAAGAGCAACGAUUUAUUACUUCAUUAUUCCCGCUGCUGAAUGGAAAUAUUAUCCGGAGACACCGGCUUGUUCAGACGGACCAGGACGUCGUCGCGAUGGACGAAGAAGAGCCGACCCGACCGCAGAGUAUCAAGGAGAUUUCGAAACAGGCUGAAGACUUCCAUUGGAAUGGGACCCUGCCACUGAAAGCAUGGGCUCGUACGGCGAGUAUGCUGGAGAAACAGGCCGGCAUCUACCUUCAGGAACGCAACUUCGGCGAGGCGUACAUGAUCUACCUGCGCUAUUCAAUUCUCUACCUGGACUAUCUCGUCAAAUACCCAGGAUCUAAGACCUCCGAAGGCAAGAAGAUCCUACGCCCUGUCGCGGAGAGAUUACCCAACGUUCUCUCGAAUCUCGAGAAAAUACGACCCAUCGUCGAAAAGCAAUACAACGAAUGGGAGGCAUCCGAGGCUACGAGGGGAAAGCAUAGAAAAAAGGAAUUUACAAAGCCGAAAACGCCCUACGAGAAACAUGCAUCGAGAGAUCCUGCCUUGUCGGCCAAGAGCAGGGUGCUUGAUGCCAGUCAGAAUCAGGAGCUGGCUGUCGAUCUAGCACAAAGGGAGAUCCGCAAGCGCGAUGCUGCCAGGAGAGCAACUCGCCAAGCUGGGGUAUCGGCCGAGGAAGAGCAGCAUCGGCGGAUCGCCGGAUUCUGGGAUAACUGGACAGAUGAUCUCGCCGACAAGCAGACCGAAGAUGAACAGGCCUUCCGGAGGCAAAUGGAAUCGACAAGGAGGACUGGUAGGACCCAAGAUGAUCAUAUCAACGACUUUAUUCAGCGUAUGAGCCGGACAGAACGAGAAGCGAGACCGGAAACCCCUUCGCGAAACAGCUCUACAGCGUAUCACUACCCAUCCAUAUCCAAGUCUCAGCCCGUGCAAUAUGAGACGCUACAGCCUACAAGGCCUCAGAAGGAACCACCGCUACAACCGCCUAGACCACCCAAAGAGGACAUUUACCGCUCCCAGUAUCGCCACGCAGAUUCCUCCCUUCCCCCAGAGCUCCCAGCAAAAGAGUUGAUAUAUCCUACCCCUGAACCAUCUCAAGAACCGCCGCAAGGGCCUCCAGAGCUACCUCCGAAGAUAUCCGAAGCGCCAGCGGCCCCGUCGCCGCCAUCCGAAUCUCUGCAACGACCCACCUUCCGUGCUGCUGCGUAUCUUGAGAACGGCGAACCCAUCCGUUCCGUGUUUCUUCCUGCGCAGCUUCGAUCCGAAUUUAUGGCCCUGGCCGCCGAUCACACGCGUCGUGGCGUCGAGAUGUGCGGUCUUCUGUGCGGAACCGCCGUUAACAACGCGCUGUUCAUCCGAUGUCUGCUCAUUCCCGAGCAGAAGUGCACGCCUGAUACCUGCGAGAUGGAGAACGAGAGCGCCAUGUUUGACUACUGCAUGAGUGAAGACCUACUGAUGCUGGGCUGGAUACAUACACAUCCGACCCAGACCUGUUUCAUGUCUUCCAGAGACCUACAUACGCAAGCUGGGUAUCAGGUCAUGCUGCCGGAGAGCAUAGCGAUCGUGUGUGCGCCACGAUUUGAGCCGUCAUAUGGCAUUUUCAGACUUACAAACCCUCCGGGCUUGCCUCAUAUCCUGCACUGUACCCAGACCGCCACAUUUCACCAGCAUUCAAUCGACAACUUGUACACUGGCGCUGAAGAGCCAGCCGGCCACGUAUACGAGAAUGAUAGGCUCGAAUUCUACGUGCACGACCUCCGGCCAGGAAAGGGCAAUGUUUAGAAGACCGAUGAUCCAGACUGCAGCAACGACCUGAGUUCCUUCUCGUCCCUCAGCGAACUCUCGGAACCUUCAUCUCUCGAGCCGGAAGUUGUCCAGGCACCCGAGCAACCGGAGGGACAGGCUUCUGGGGGGUUGCCCACCAAUGCGGCGGCACGGCAGCAGAAGCGUAGACCGAGCGAGUCCAGCAGUGUUUAGGCAAGUGCAUCUGGACGGGUGGAAGGGUUGAGCGGCGGCGGUGGAGGGUUGUCUACAACUACGAGGCGAGUGGUGAAAUGGUGGACUUGUGGGCUUUGUCUUUGUUCGUGGAGGAGGCUGUGGGGUCGCAAGGGGAAUGGGGA